UCUUGAAGGUCUUUUCCAACCUGAGCAUUUCUGUGAUUCUAUGAAAUGCUAUACCAUCUUAGGUUCCCCGAAUCUCAGAAGAAACUGGGAUAUACAAAUCCUCUUAAGCUAUAGAAUUGAACUCCUGAAGAUGUUUUCAUGUAAUUUGUUUUAACAGACUUUGUGAGCUCAAGGGGACCACUGAUGCUGUGAGAUUAAGAUGUUACCUUGCCAAGCUGCCUACCAGAGAAAGCAGCAGCAUUUUCCUUCAGCAGUUUGCAAGUAGUCUUUUCAGUAUAGAAAAGAAACCUGCAGUGCUGAUGUGGUGUUUUACAGAGGGCAUGGUUGGGGUAGUAGAUUGUGUUAGUAGUUUUUUUUCUUUGGGUUGUUCUGCUUUUCACCAUUUCAUUACAGACAUACAGAAAAACAGUGUAGUAAGUUCUAUGUUUUUAUACAGAUGUAGAGCUACUUUGUGAAGUACUUACUAAAUGGAAAAUCAGUUGUACUAAAAUUAGUUUGUCUAAGCAUGUAGUCAUUUUAGGUGUGGAAGGAAAAAAAGCCACUGAUUUUAAGAUGGCUUUAAAAUUUCAGGUCAAAAUUAUGUUAUUUAUGAAAUGACCUCAUAUUCCUUUUAUUUUACUGUUGCUUUUGACUAGAAUUUGCAACCAUGAUGGAAUCCUAAGGAAUUUACUGCCAUGUUCAAAAAGAGAAAAGAAAAAAAAAUAGUGAAAAGGACCAACCUUUGUGCAUGACUGUGACCUGUGCUUGUCAGAAAAAACCUAAGUAAUACUUCAUCUACUAAAUGCCAUCAUAUUAAUUCCCUAAAUUCCAGUUUUCAUAAUGAAGUAGAAAAAAUGUUUGAAACUGACAUUCUUCAGUCGAGUCAGUUGAUCUGAAGGUCCUUGUGCUCCUUGGUAAAGGCAGCAGAUUAAACUUGGCAGUGGGAAAGAAAAAAAUUUAAAUGAAGAAUGCCAGUGUUUUUUCUCCUGUGUAAUGUGUAUCGCUUUAGUUUUGUGUGUAUGUGAGCGCAUUAGCUCUUUGGUUGUAUUUACCUUCUGUACCUAGAAGCUAUAGGUUUAGCUGCUGCAACGAGUCUUCCCUUUGGAUUUUUGUGCUUCGUGGAUUCUGAAACUGAGCUUUAACAGAAAAUCUCAUAAGCAUAGAUCAGAUAAAAAUACUGAAAGGUACUGCAAGUUUUGGAUUGAAUAAGAGAAAUAAUUGGAUGCAAGAAGUUGGCAGUUACUGCCCUUACGUAACUUCUGUGGGAAAACAAAUGAAAAUUAGUAACAGCACUAGCUAUAAAGCAGUGAGAAAUGUUUCUUCUACUUAAAAAAUGUCAAUCUAUAACAUUUCUUUUCUUUUUUGGUGAAGCCUGAAUGUUUGUUCAAAGGAAGGACAUUUUCCAUAGCUUUGAGACUGCGAACAGAAACAAGCACGAUGUGGUGACUGCAGUUAUGCAAAUUACAUGAAAUAUGAAUGUCUUGGGAUGUUAAGAAAUGGAUAUAUCAAUACAAUUUUAAAUGAAUAAAUUUUAUAUUUAAAAUGAUACCUAUCAAAGGCUUGCUCUUUGCAGAUUGACAAAGCUGAAUGAGAAGAAUCAGCAUCUCAAUUAAAUUUUGAGUUAAAUGUAAAAAUGAAUUUUAUAAACAAAGGUUAGAGUCUUUUUUACAUUUACAACAUUCAAGUGAAAUAUUCAGAAUUCCUUUUAAAAAUGACUGAUGUUACACUCUGAACAUGCUUUUCCAGAGUUUCUGAAAAUCUUCGUGCAUGUGUAGUCAUCUAACGCAUUUUUGUACCAUUUUGAAUGAUAGAGUUGUUUGCACUGUGGCGUAAUGUGAUGUCUUAUCCCUGCUUGAAAUUUUUGUUUUAUCUUCAAAGUUUUUGAAUCUUUUAUAUAUGUAACGGGAGUGUUUAGCCAGGAUGAAGAGAGAAUCAUAAUCGCAAAGACCUUUUUAAAAUAAAAAUUUUUGGACACAAGGCUGUUGUGCCAGCUCACAAAGGUGUGGAUUAUAGUCACAGACUGGCUCAGGCUGGAAAGAACCGUAAAGCCCACCAAACCCCAGCCCCCUGCCAUGGGCGGGGCUGCCACUCACCAGAUCGGGUUGCCCAGAAAGGCCUCAUCCAACCUGACCUUGAAUGCCUCCAGGGAUGGGGCACCCGCAGCUUCUCUGGGUAGCCUGUGCAUCACCAUCCUCUGAAUGAAAAAUUUCAUUCUGAUAUCUAAUCUAAAUGUCCUCUCUUUUAGUUUAAAAUCAUUCCCCUUCUGCCUCACUGGCAGAUACCCAGCAUGGUAUUACUGUACAUAGAGAAUGCUUGCUUCUUUCUGGCCUCCUUGCCUCUGUUUGUAGAGGACCAGUCAACACUUGGCAUAUUAAUAUAGACAGAAAACCAUUAUUCACCUCCCUAGGCACAUGUGCACAGCUGAUCUGAUGCCCUCCAAGUCUUGCUAGCGUAAUGACUCGCUCCAUACACAAAUCUUUGCUUUGCUGCAAGCCUUUGUUUAAAGCUCUCAAUUUUUACAAAGGCCUCUACAGCAACUUGCUGCUCAAGGUAGCUAUAAGGCAAUCACUCUUCAAUCUGUCUUCGUGACACAAUAUUCUUUUAACAUAGAUGACUUUGCAGAAGACUUCCAGAACCUUGAGGAGAAAACACUGUGCUUGAAACAAAAGGGAACAGAGUUGGAAGAGCACGGAGAUUUCAAGCUUUGAGUGACGGGCGCCUAACAAGAUUACCACAGCUAAGCUGAGAGAAGGCAGUUGCAGCUCUGAGUACCAGAUUCACCGAGCUGGUAUAUGUAAUGCACGUACAUGAAAGCGCACAUGUUUUUGUCAUCACAUAGACUGACUUUCACAUAUUCCUGAGAGCUUUGCAAUUGAUGAAAAUUAAUUUAAGUACCAGAUGGAGCACCUUUACAGCACAGGAAUCAGUAACCCAUGGAAAAACACCUGCCAGUAAUAUUCAACUUAAUUCAUGGUCUUCACAAGUGAAAAAAAUUUGCAAGAAGAGGAAGAAAAAACCCUCCACACAGAAAAAGCCUAAGAAAUACCUCCACAAUCUAAAUCAGUAAUUGUGAGGAAAACAUAAGAAUACUGAGGGCGGAGGAAAGUGAUUUUGUUAUUGCAGGGGCAUAAUGUAUCACCUUUGGCACAGUAUGCUUCGGGCUCAGUAGUUUGUGAAUGGACUAAUAAAUUGUGACUGUAUGAUGAGCAGUGAUGACUGAAAGUAAGUAAGUUGAGGAACUAUGGGACAGGUCUGGGCACUGAAUUGAAGAAUCCUCGUCAUCCUUUUUGAGUUAACCAGGUCAUCGUCUUGCAUAUUCUUUCUGCCUCUCCUUUUUCCUCUUUUCACUUAGUGUGGUAUCAGUACUAAAUAAUUGAGCUCAUAAAUGUUACUCAAAUAAAACGAUUGGAAUACUUCAUAUGUUUCCUUCUUGUACAGCUGCAAAUGUUGUGUCUGGAACUAUGAAUCUUUGCUGUAGACAAGCAUCAAGAAGGAAAGAUCCGAUAAAACAAGCAAGGAAAAUACCUAGAGAAAUAGUGAAACCAGGAAGUCAGAUUUUUAAUGCUGCUUCUUUUUCUUUUUUAGAUGAAUACGUUUCUUCCUUCCUUGAAUUUUAGAAGAUUUUGAAAGAUUGCUUACUUGAUGUGCUUUAAUUCUGGCAUUUGUUUUUUAUGGUAGGAUAGAAAGUCUGUGAUUGCUUGUAGCAGAAAAAAGGGAAAAGGAAAAACAACUUGACAUUUUAGCCUGUUUUGGAAGAGAGAGAACUUCAUGGUUCACCUGAGGCAAACUUAUCUGCUUUAAAAGCUAAAAGCUUUGGAGCACUUUUGAUUCUGCUAUAAAUGAAGAGGGGGUUUCUUUGUCAUUCGUGUGUGGCAGCAAAAAGUGGGAAAGCAGGCAAGAAAGAUAGCAUGAUAAACGAUUCAGGCUCUGUUGGGUCUCUGGUGGAAAAAAAAAGUGCUGCAAUGAAAAUUGGAUUGGCUUUGGAUUGCAAAAACGUUUGAAUCCAACGAGCGUUUCAGUACCAAGAGGGAUUUCCCAUCUGGCCUGGCACACCAGUGCCUGCACAAGUUUGGGUCUGUUGUUUCGCACGGUUUGUGUGCCUUUUUUUCCCUUUAUGCAAUCUCUUUCAGCUUUAGCAGCAGAAAUACAUCAGAUGGAAAAGAUAUGCCAGAGGGCAGCUUGGAAAAGAUGAAUGUCAUAUAUAUACAUAUGUAUGUGCGUGUGUUUAAAUUUCUGCAACUGAACUUUUGAAGAAAAUCUGACUGGAGGAAAUCUUAAAAGCCUUAAGUUACUUGAAACCUACACAUUUGCAACUCUUUGUCUCUGGAAUUGCGUUACGCUAAACUGGAAUCUCAGGCUGUAUAAAGAUUAUAUCAAGUUGAGCAAAAAGAUGACUUAACCAUUUCUUGAGCGCCUCUUAUGAAGUAGCUGUCUCUCCAAAGGAUAAGUGCACCCUCACUCUACAGACUCAAAAACAAAAAAUGAACCUGAAUUUUUUUUUAAGUGUUACUUUUUCUUAGCCAACUGCCAUCAUCUUUUAUAGAGGAAUUUUUCACUAUGCAUUUGGUGGAUAUUUAUAAACACUGACCCCAUCCUCCUCCCUUUCAAUGAUCUAUCCCAGGUCAGUCUUAUCAAUAAAAAACAAAAAAAUUGGUUAAAAUUUUGUGCGCUAGACACAUUACUUUCCUAUGUCAAAAAAUAAAAUAUUUAAAAAGCAUGUAUGCAGCAGUGGAACAUGGGCCUGUUCUUUGCAGCGACUCCAACAUCCUCUGCCUCUCCUGGAAAGGGAGAGUUCCCAAAAGUGAGAAGGAAAAGCCCGUGUGCAGGCGGCGGUACUAUGAGGAAGGCUGGUUGGCAACAGGCAAUGGCAGAGGAGUUGUAGGCGUCACUUUUACUUCCAGCCAUUGCAGGAGGGACCGGAACACCCCUCAGAGAAUCAACUUCAAUUUGAGGGGCCACAACAGCGAGGUUGUGCUGGUUAGAUGGAAUGAACCAUUUCAGAAAUUAGCAACUUGCGAUGCAGAUGGAGGAAUAUUUGUUUGGAUACAAUACGAAGGCAGAUGGUCUGUGGAGCUUGUGAAUGAUCGCGGGGCACAGGUAAGCGACUUCACAUGGAGCCAUGAUGGGACUCAGGCACUUAUCUCCUAUAGAGAUGGAUUUGUGCUGGUUGGUUCAGUCAGCGGACAAAGACAUUGGUCUUCAGAAAUAAACUUAGAGAGUCAGAUCACGUGUGGCAUAUGGACUCCCGAUGACCAACAGGUACUGUUUGGCACUGCUGAUGGUCAAGUUAUCGUCAUGGACUGCCAUGGGCGAAUGCUGGCCCAUGUGCUCCUUCAUGAGUCAGAUGGCAUCCUCAGCAUGUCCUGGAACUACCCCAGCUUCCUGGUGGAGGACAGCAGUGAGAGCGACACAGAUUCUGACGACUAUUCCCCACCACAGGAUGGACCAGCUACAUAUCCAGUCCCAGUGCAGAACACGAAGCCACUACUGACCGUCAGCUUCACAUCGGGAGACAUCAGUUUAAUGAACAAUUAUGAUGACUUGUCUCCUACUAUCAUCCGCUCAGGGUUGAAAGAUGUGGUGGUACAGUGGUGUACGCAAGGAGACCUACUUGCAGUAGCAGGGAUGGAGAAGCAGUGUCAGCUCAUGGAACUUGGCAAUGGUUCUCUGUUGAAAAGCGCACUUGUCAAGUUCUACAAUGUGCGUGGGGAACAUAUCUACACUCUGGAGACACCUGUGCAGCGUCCCAUCAUCUCAAUCUGCUGGGGUCACAGGGAUUCACGCCUGCUGAUGGCUUCUGGGCCUGCAUUAUAUGUUGUCAGAGUAGAGCACAGGGUCUCCAGCCUGCAGCUUCUGUGCCAGCAGACCAUCGCUAGCUGUCUGCGGGAUGACAAGGAUAUCAGCAAACUGACCCUGCCCCCUCGGCUCUGUUCAUACCUCACCACUGCCUUCAUACCAACAAUCAAGCCUCCUAUCCCAGACCCAAACAAUAUGAGAGAUUUUGUCAGCUACCCAACAGCUGGCAAUGAACGGCUUCAUUGCACAAUGAAGCGGACGGAAGAUGACCCAGAGGUUGGUGGUCCAUGUUACACACUGUACUUGGAAUAUCUUGGAGGUUUGGUGCCCAUACUAAAAGGACGUCGUAUCAGCAAGUUGAGGCCAGAGUUUGUCAUCAUGGAUCCUAAAACAGAUGGAAAAGCAGAUGAAAUCUAUGGAAACAGCUUGAUUUCCACUGUGAUUGACAGCUGCAACUGCUCUGACUCCAGCGAUAUUGAACUAAGUGAUGACUGGGCAGCAAAGAAAUCUCCCAAAAUCAGUCGAGCUAGCAAAUCACCCAAACUCCCCAGAAUCAAUAUAGAGGCUCGCAAAUCUCCAAAGAUGUCACGAGCUGCACAGGAGAUAUCAAGAUCACCAAGGUUACCAAUAAGGAAACCUUCUAUUGGUUCACCAAGCCUAACCCGAAGAGAGUUUCCUUUAGAAGAUAUUACUCAGCACAACUACCUUGCUCAGGUCACAUCUAACAUCUGGGGAACCAAAUUUAAAAUCGUGGGUUUGGCUGCUUUCCUACCAACUAAUCUUGGUGCAGUAAUAUAUAAAACCAGUUUGCUGCAUCUUCAGCCCAGGCAAAUGACAAUAUAUCUCCCAGAAGUGCGAAAGAUUUCAAUGGACUACAUUAACCUGCCUGUCUUUAAUCCAAAUGUUUUCAGUGAAGAUGAAGAUGAUUUACCAGUGCCUGGGGCGCCAGGUGCCCCUGCCAGCAGCCCGCCCUGCACCGUCAACAUCCCCAUCGCCCCCAUCCACAGCUCGGCCCAGGCCAUGUCACCCACACAGAGCAUCGGCCUGGUCCAGUCGCUGCUGGCCAACCAGAACGUGCAGCUGGACGUGCUGGCCAACCCUCCGGCUGAGACAGGAGGCGAGGGGCCAGGACCCUUCCCAGGGGCACCAGGCCGAUUCCCUGGCCCUGGGGCAGUGGCACCAACUGGGGGAGAUGUGGCCCGCACUGCCCCUGUACCUCCCACUAUUGCCCCACCACCCCCCGCCAUCGCCCUUGCUGACCUCCGGGACCAUGGUGACCGUGAACACGAGCCUCCGCUCAAGGCCAAGCCCCCACGUCCAGGACCAGGACCUCAACUGGUGGAGGGCGACGCUGUCAUCUUUGGGGCCGCUCAGGAGCUGCAGCUGAACAAGAUGAACCCCCCACCACCCUACCCUGGUACCAUUCCCACAGCCGGCCCCCCACCACCCCCACCUGUCCCCCCACCGCCACCCCUCGACCUCUGCCUGAAAAAGGGGGAGUUCUCCCUUUACCCUGCGGGGCACUACCAGCCGCCCCUGGGGUACGAGCGGAUAACAACGUUUGACAGCAGUGGGAAUGUGGAGGAAGUGUGCCGACCUCGUACCCGCAUGCUCUGUGGCCAGGGCACCUAUACCCUGCCAGGGCCCGGCAGCUCUGCCACUUUGCGCAUCACCGCUGCCGAGAAGAAGAUGCAGCAACCGUGCACCAGUGCAACCCUGAACCGGCUGACAGUUCCCCGUUACUCCAUCCCCACUGGGGACCCACCGCCCUACCCCGACAUUGCCAGCCAGCUGUCACAGGGCAGGAGCAUUGCGCAGAGGCUGGACAGCAGUAUCAUCCAUGCUACUCUGCGGAGGAAUAGCAGGGAGGCGGCACUAAAAAUGGCCCAGCUGGUGGACAGCCAGAGAGCCACCUUGCAGCUUCCCCCGAAAGCCAAGAGCAACGUUGUGACAGCACAGUACCAGCAGAGAGUACCCACCGCUUUGUACACCUGCAGCCAGUGCAGCAGCAGCGGUGGCAGCAGCACCACGAGUGCUGGUGGUGUAGGCAACAUCACUAAUGCCAACUCUAGCAGCAGCACUUCCAAUAUCAGUGGCAUGAGACCUGAUCUGAGCACGGGGAGUGGCUCCCAGCACAGCUCUGUCAUCGCUCACUCUGUCAGUACGUCACCUUUGGCCUCACAGUCCUCCUACAACUUGCUGAGCCCACCUGACAAUUCCCGUGACCGGGCAGAUUAUAUCAACUCUGCCUUUACGGAAGAUGAAGCCCUUUCUCAGCACUGUCCGGUGGAGAAAUCGAUACGGCAUGUACCUAUGGCCUUGACGGAGGCUGCCAUCAGUGUAAAACGGCCACCACCAUACCAGUGGGACCCUAUGGUGAGCGAAGAGAUAUGGGUUCCUCAGGAAAGGACAUCUCAGAGCUCUGUACCCAACCCUCUAAAACCAGCUCCUCUCAUCAUCGGUCAGACUCAGCAUCUGGAUAUGUCUCGAAUGCCGUUUGUCUCCCCUAAGUCUCCAACCAGUCCCACUGCCACUUUCCAGACAAGUUAUGGGGUCGGAGUACCGUACCCAGGAAGCUACAGUGCCCCUCCCCUUCAGGGAAUGCAGCCCCCCUGCUCCCCCAAAGAAGCUCUGGCCCCAACGCAGUUUGCACAGCAGGAGCCCACAGUAGUGCUUCAGCCAGGUUACCCACCCAACCUCUCCUAUUGUCCUUUGCCACCCAUGUAUCCGGGAAGUAGCGCCUGCUCUAGUUUACAGCUGCCACCGAUAGCCUUGCACCCAUGGAGCUCCUACAGCGCAUGCCCACCCGUGCAGAACCCCCAGGGCACUCUGCCUCCAAAGCCGCUCCUCGUGGUGGAGAAGCCGGUUAUGUCUCCCCCGCCAACCGAGCUUCAGGGCCAUGUGGGUACAGAGGUGAUGGUGGAGACGGCAGACACCUUCCAGGAGGUGCUCUCCUUGACAGAAAGCCCUGUUCCUCAAAGGACAGACAAAUUUGGCAAGAAGAGCCGGAAGCGGCUGGAUAGUCGUGCUGAGGAAGGGAACGUGCAGGCUAUCACCGAGGGCAAGGUCAAAAAGGAUUCGAGGACACUGACUGACUUCAAUUCGCUAAUAUCCAGCCCAAGGCUGGGCAGAGAGAAGAAGAAAGUCAAGAGCCAGAAAGACCAGCUCAAGUCCAAGAAGCUGAAUAAGACAAACGAAUUUCAGGAUAGUUCAGAGAGUGAGCCGGAGCUUUUUAUCAGUGGGGAUGAACUGAUGAACCAGAGUCAGGGCAGCAAAAAGGGUUGGAAAACCAAAAGGAAUUUGAGGACAGCCAAUGAGCUGGAUGAAUUCAAGUGCCGUAAGGCCAGCGAGAAGGAGGACGGGAGGCUGGGGAGCCAGGGCUUUGUGUACGUGAUGGCCAACAAGCAGCCGCUGUGGAACGAGGCAACGCAAGUCUACCAGCUGGACUUUGGAGGGCGAGUGACCCAGGAGUCUGCAAAAAACUUCCAGAUUGAGCUGGAAGGACGGCAGGUGAUGCAGUUUGGAAGGAUUGAUGGCAAUGCUUACAUUUUGGACUUUCAGUAUCCAUUUUCUGCAGUGCAAGCCUUUGCUGUUGCUCUGGCUAAUGUGACUCAACGCCUCAAAUGAACAAGCAGAAACCUGGAGAGAGGAAAAUGUUAUCAAAACCUUCUCACAGAGUCCAAACUGGAAAAUGUCAGGGCAGCCUACGUUAGGUGCGCUGAGGUGCCUGGGAGCGAAGAAGGCCGUAAAACUGGAAAAGUCUCUUAGUGCCCAGCUGAAGGGCAUUAACUCUAAUCAGUCAUGGGGUGGAGGGUGGGGGGCUUUCUUCUCUUUUGUUUGUUUGUUUGUUUUCAGGUGUUUUCUUUUUUUAAAGCAUUGUGCUGGGUUUCAGAAAGAGCAAAGGGUUGAGAGCCAUUCAGUGUUAUGUGGAGAAGUGUGGCUUUUGGCUUGUUGUGAUGGUUCUGCUGUGUUUGCUACAAUAGCUGAUGUAAGCUCAUAGAGGGAUUAAAAAAGACUGCUCUUUUUGAUAGACUGCCUUAUAUCAUGCUGUUCUUUUUAAAACAGGGAACAUAACUUUUUUUCUGGUCCAGUUUGUACUAUUACUACUACAUCAAUGAUAGCAGCAAAAAAAAAAAAAGAAAAAGAAAAAAAGAAGCUAUAAUACUUGAAGACACGUGUUUCUUCUCUGAUCUCUGAUAAAAACUGAGUACCACAAGUUCCAGGGAGGCUUCUGUAGGUCAAUAUUUAAUUUAUAAAUAAUGAUGUGUUACUCAGAAGAGAAACAAAACUGUUACCAGUGGGUGGUUUUAAAACUCAGUGUAUCAAAUAAGUUGAUGUCUGCUUGUUUUGUGUGCUGUUUUACUGGGGAUAAACAUCUUUCGUUGGGUGACAGAAAAGAGGGAAGAAAAUAAUUAUGAGCAUUCCUUCUUUGCUCAUAUUGAUCAGCAGUAUUAUUCUCCAGUUUGGCCUGCAGAUGGGAGAGGCACAGUGUGACCAGAUGUACCUCCAAGGCCAUGCCUAUACAUGCUCCUCAUUUAAAUGUGUUUACACUUUAUAAACAAAGUCAUUCAAGUGAAUGAGAAGGCCCAGUGUAUUCAUCUUCUUAGUAAUCAAUAGGAAUCAAGUUCCACAACAUUGGAUCUGUGCUAAAAUUAGGAAGGAGACAGAAGUAUUGCAAGUCAUUACAGGAAGCAAUUUCAUCAGGAAAGCAAUUUCAUUACAGGAAACAACAUCAUGGCUGGCUGGAGGAAAAAUGAGUUAAAAGCGGAAGGAAAAAUUGGACAGAAUUACUCCUUUUAUCACCUUACUACUUGAGUAGUUCUUGUGACUGUAGUUUGCAAAUAGAAUUCUCCAGGUAAGAGUGGCAAGCCAAAGUUUAAAUGGAGUGUUACAGGGGAAGGCUUAUUGACGGGAGGACAGCUCUUUCUGGCUGCAGUUUUUUUUUUCUGGUGGACAUACAGACCUGCUGACCAUUUUAAAAGGGAUGCUUGCACAGAAGGUUUUCUGUGUUGUCCAUCUUUGUGUACGUAUUUCUCUGUUUUCUCUCCUUCCUCUUGCUUGCAUUUUGCUAUGGAAGACAUUCUGGUAUGGAAACAGUUUCCAAAGUAAUACACAAAAACUGUAAUUAUUCCUGUAAUUGUUUGGACAUUCGAUUACAAAAUGUAACUGCAGAUUUCCUUCAGAAAUUAUUGUUUUGUUGUGAAAGGCACAUUGAGGAAGAUGUUAGUUGAGGUGUUAAUGGCUGCUUUGUCUUUCAUCCAGUUCAACUUCUUACUUGAAAAGCUGUAUAGCAUGGGAUAAACAGAUGUGAUUUUAUCUCUCUUUUCUUUUUGAAAAUCCUAGUGGUAAGGCAGAUCUGUGUUGUACUUAAUUUGUUCUAGAGGAACAUACCACGUAAGAGAGGACCCUGCUGUAGCAGAGCUUACUAGAAUGCAGUGAGCUAGACACUUCUGCUCUGCUGACACUUGUAAAGAAUACAGCACAGAGGAAGUAACAAAUGUCAGUCAGAGAGGAGUUUGACAGCUGCCAAGAGAGACUUCAAGGCAGAUCAUCCACAGGUAAUGUCCCGCGGGGUGAGUCUGGGAAGAACCCUUUGCCAAGUAGCUUCCUUGGAAGAGGGAUUAGAGGUAGGAGGGAAGGAAGGGAAAUAGGUGGCUCCAUGCCUGUAUGAUCCCAGAGAUCAGCAGCUUCUCGCAUGUCAGGCACAACAUUCCCCUUGGCAUUUAACUGACUUCAUUUGCUACAAUUAAUUUUGUUGAAUUUCUCUGUGUUAUCUGGGCCUCUUUGUAUUUCUUCUCUCGCGCAUGACAUUCGGCAGCUUGCAUGCCCGUAUGCGUAAUGCAUGUGGGAUGGAGGAACUGAAAUGGUUUGGUCCUGUUCCCUUUACAAUCUGUGGAGAUUUUUCCCUUUGAUUUUUGUAAAGGAAGCACUGUUAAGCCAUUUAUCUGUAUUGAGUUACACCCUGUGCAAACAGUCAGUUGAAUUCUCAGGUCCGCUGCUUUCAAUACGUGAGGAGGAAAGUUGUCUGAUUAGUGUUCUUUCCCACCCAAAAGUCUGUGCUUACCAGUCAUACCCAAAUUAGAAUAUAAUGGGCACAUGCUGAACACCAUAGACAAGAAACAUCACGACAUGCACACUGUCUGGGAGAAUGGCAACUCAUUCACAUUAGAAAUCUUCUGCUGAAAGGAACAUUGCCUGUAAUUUUAAGCCAAAAUUGUUACCACAUGCGAAGAAAUCAACGUUUUUUUCUGAACAACAUCUGAUCUAAUUAGAAGGACUUCUGUGUGCAGUUUCUUUAAUGCACCAUGGAACAGUGUUCCUCCUCACUUGGUUCAUAAGCAAGUUUUUCCAAUUAUCAGUAGUCUUCUACUAAUGUAGAUCCACAAAUUGCAAACAGAUAUAACAAGUAACAGCAUUAGUAAUUUGGUUCCAUUGACCAAGCUUGUGAUUGCAUCGUUCUGGUGGCUUCUGCCCAAACAAAGCACAAGGAAUAACCAUCAUAAAUCAGGAAAAUAAACACAGUUUCCAACCUUCCUGUUUACUUGUCAGAUGUUAUAGGAUAAGAUACUCCUUUGUAUUUUUGAAAAUACUUUGACAGAGUCCCUAAAGGGAAUUAAAAUUGAGGGUUUUAAUGGUUUGGAGAAUACCUAGUAUUAGAGAUAGAAGCUACUCUCAAAUAUGUUGAAUUGUAAUGAGAGAGGUGGAAGUGGUGUGAAUUCUGAGAGUGGAACUGGAUCCUAAAUGAAACAAAGAACGAGUGAAAGCAACAGUUCUUUUGUUUUUCAUUGAGAUAUGACAUGAGACACAAAUUUAAAAGCCCCCCACAAAAUAAUCACUUAAAUCCCAAAGAUUGCUGUUGCAUUCAGCCAAAAGAUAGAUUUUACAUUUGAUAUUUGAUUUGUAAGAUCCAAGUUUUCUGUUAGAUAACUAAGUUCUUCUAGGAAGAAUGUAGCGAGGUAUUCAAAAAUAUGUUCUUCUUUUAUACACACAGUAAUUUCCAGUGGUUGAACAUGUUUUUCCAAAGGUUUUUUUUUUUUUUUUUUUUUUUCCAGUUGUGCAAUAGUUGUGACAGUCUGGGGGUUUCAUGGUUUUUUUUUUUUCUUGUUUGUUUGUUUUAUUUUGCUGUUUUUCUUUAUUUUUUUUUAAGGAGUUCUGAGUGAUUUUUUAAAAAUAAUUUAAUGCAGAUUUCUUGUUAACAUCCAAAAGGCAAACUAUUUAUCUUGUGUAAUGUAAUAAGUGAUUAAGGGAUUAUUUUAUUUCUAUGUAUCAGUGAGUUAUACACACUUUAUUAUUUAUAUUUAAAGAGCAUAUUUGUAAGAAAUUGUUUGCAGGCAGUAUGUUUCACUGCAAGAAGUUCAAAGUGCAUACAGGAAGACUUGGUUUUGUGGGCUAGUGUGCAAAAUUUCAUCAUUCAGGCAGGCAAAAAUAUUUUGGGGCAGCUGAAAGCAGUGAGUUUGCUAUGGAGGACCGUGUAGACUACAAAGAAUGUAGAUGACUUCUUUGGGACCUACAGAAAUCUGUCCUUCUCCACUGUGCGUUUCCCUCCUUUGUUUUGAACUACCUAUUUCACUUGGGAGUGCUUUUAAAAAAUACAAAGCUUUCCCUCUUAUUUAGUACUAUGCUUUUUCUCAAGAUAUAAAAUAGGCUGGUUUGUGUGAUAAAAGAGGGUAUAACAACCUAGGCUCAGUUUGUAAGUUAGUUUGCAUAGCCUGGUAGGAUGAUGCACGAGAAAGAGUACAGCAGUAAAUGUGCUUUUCUCUGCUCAGGCUAAUGCACGCCUUCAGUGGGGCUCAGCUGGUUCCAGCACAUUCAUAGUGUUGCUGAUACCUGAGCUAGCGCUGCAUGGAGCUGGUUGAGCUGAUCCCUGACCUCUGCCUGUGGCAUCUUCUCUUCUUCAAGGUGCUCGUCCACUGAGACACAGUGGAGCAGGCAUUCCUCCCCUCUUCCUUCCAGUUUAGCUCCAAGAGCAGCAUGCAGCUGACAUAGAGUUUGCCUGCAGCAGCUUUACGCAGAGAAAGCCUUGAUGUCAGCUGGUGGCUGUAUGGAAUCUGCUCCACUGAAGGUGCAAAGGGAUGCAAUAGAGAACCUGAUUCAUUUAGAAAAUACAGCUGAUACCCUCAAAAUAAAGCUCUAACAGAGUCUGUAAAUUGGUGCUUAAAGUCUUGUAUGAUAUGCACCGUGCACGGAGUGAUCAAUUUUAUCUUGAAGCAGUGGGAAUAUUGCAUUUCUGCAAUGCUCUGAGGAAGCACGGGAUAGAGAGAUGAAGGAGUUACAAAAAGAAUUGUCAUCGUAACAGUUACGCACUGAGUUCCAGAGGCAGCAGAAGGAGGUGCUAUGAGCAGCCUGAUCUUGGUUGUAUGACAGUAAAUCUGCACAUAGGUUCAUCUCAGUUAGAUAAACCUUCCAUGAUACAGCCACAGAAAACUAAUUGUACUCUCUAGUUUUGUUCCAUUGUUUUUAUGAAGAUGCACAAAGCCUUGAGCCUGGACAGGCUGACUUUCCUUUACGUGUCUUUUUUUUGGUCUAAGAAAUUCCAGACAAAUGUGGGAACUUGCUUGGUUUUUGCCUCAGGCAAUUUCUGUGCAUUUGCAGCCUGAUAUGUGUUACCCUAUGUUAUCUUGGUGCCCUUUUACCUGUCAGCAACAGUUUAAAUCCAUGUGCAAAAAACUGAUUUGAUUGAAAGCGAAGGCAGAGUUAAGUUUUUACUGGCCGUUAAGAAUGUGUUUGCCAGAGCAACAGCUUGGAAAUCACACAUCUCUAGAGAUCCCAAACCACUCCAGGCCAGUGAAUCUGACCUGGGGAUUAGCAGCAGAUGAGCCAUUUGCAUGGCAUACUGACAAAGGGCCAGCUUCUCGCCUCACCAGGUUACACCAAGGUACCUAAGAGAGUGGAAUCACAACCAAAAUGCACUUUGCCAUCACUGCGUGAUUAUAAGGUAAGAAUGACGGACUUGACCUGUAUAUCCAUUUGAGACAACUGUACAGCAUUAACCAAUAGCUAUAGUGAUGGUUCUGUGUAAACUCCGCUGAAGCACUCUGGAAGUAAAAUGGCAGCCACAAAGCAGUCUUAUGGAAUUUCGCCUUAUUGUUCUCAUUUCUAGGACUCCAACGCAGGAGAGCAAGCUGUUUAUGUGAUUUAGAGGUUGGUGUAAUGGUUUUCCCAGUGUAUGAGGGCAAAUAAUAUACUGCUGACAAAAAUGGAAUAAUUCUGGUACAGGAACUUUUUCAUUUUCAAGUCCCUUCACCUUCACAGCAAGCACAAUCCUCCACCAGCAGAUACUGGCAUAGAGCUCUAUUACCCUCAGGAUUAUUCUGCAGGUAGGGACCACAGCCCUUUUUGCAUGGUUGGAAUUUACAUGCAUCAUUCUCGAAGGAACAAGAUUCAUUACUACUUGUGAACAGUGGGCUAUGCAAAUGAUUAUUUCAUAUUUAUUUAAUUUUCUUCCUAAAAAAAAAAAUACUGCAAAGAUGUUUUAAGAA